AUGUGUUCCGCUAAGUGGCGAAGAAGCCGAGGAUCUGAGAAGCCCGAGAACUCGGCUGUGAUAUCACCGGAGACCACGAGGCCUAGAGCCGAUGAAGCCGAGGUUUCUCACCCUUCUCCAUGUCUUCUAGCCCUAAGGGUGAUAAUUCCUCUUGUGAAGUGGUGUCUCGAGCCGUUAUGCAACCUCUUGAUUAAAAAGCGACAUGGCCAUCAUCAAAAGGUUUUGAUCGUGGACUCAGUCCCAAUCAAUGCUUGGUAUAUCGAGAAGGUCCUUCGGGCUGCUCUUUUUGAUGCACAAACAUUACAUUCAUCACUUGACCAACACGAGCGGGAUCAGUUGGUCAAGAAAUUCAAUGAUCCAGGUGAUUUGAAAGUGCUGAUUACCACAUAUGAUGUUGGCUCAGACUCAAUUUGCACAAAGCUUGCAACUGUGUUAUUCUCACUUUGCCAGGUAGGAGCUGGAGCCAAGAAGCUCAGCAGGACGCGCGCUUCGAAUAAUGGUUGUCAAAUCAAUCGUUCUCUCUCACCACACACAUUCCCUGGAAGUGUGCUGAUGUGCCAACAGUUGGACCCUGGUUCACACUGUUAUCCCAUUGCGGCCUAUAACGAUCCAUAG